UCAGACUGACUAAGUCAAUGAUUUGAGCUGAUUUGUGAAACAUAGUGCUUGGUGUUUUGACUUUAAUUGUUUUUGCUGAUGGAAAAGAAAUAUGCAGACUGCUCCAUUUUUGUCCACAUAACAUGAAUUACUCCGUUUUGAUUAUGAUUCCUUCAUUGUAUUCAUUUUAAGUCUCAGUACUAGUCAAACAGUUUGAGGUAGUCCCGUGUGCUAGUGGAGAAAAAGGAGCACCUCGGUAGAUGAAGAUUAGCGACCCAGUAUACAACUGUUGCUCUAAUCCGCUCUGAGAGGAUAGGCUUAGCACAACUACAAGACAAGAGCGACACUGACAUAUUGUUUUAUUUUAUUUUUUCCAUACUUUUUUGUUUCUAUUUUUAUUUUCUAUUUUGAGAGUGUUUAAAGAAAGAAUCCAGAAGACCUCGGUGUAUGCGUCUCAUAUCACAUUGAACUGACGAUGAAGGACCGACUGGAACAACUAAAAGCGAAGUCGGAUCAAACUCCUGAUGAUGUGGAAAUUCCGGUGGAUAAUAAAGAAUUUAUGGAUGAGUUCUUCGCUCAGAUUGAAGAAAUCCGCACCAGUAUUGACAAGAUUGAUGAAAAUGUAGGCGAGAUAAAGCGACUGUAUUCUGUCAUCCUCUCUGCACCUACAUCAGAACAGAAGACACAGGAUGAAUUGGAAGCAGUUACCAAUGAGAUAAAGAAACUGGCCAACAAUGCUCGUAACAAACUCAAAAGCAUUGAGCAGAGUUUGGCAUCUAACACUGAAGAGAGGGUUUCAGCAGAUAUCCGGAUAAAGAAAUCUCAGCAUGCUAUUCUUGCUAAGAGAUUUGUAGAAGUGAUGACCAAAUACAAUGAAGCCCAAUUGGAGUUUAGAGAGAAGAGCAAAGGGCGCAUCCAAAGACAGCUGGAGAUCACUGGCAAAGCCACAACUGAUGAAGAGCUGGAGGAAAUGCUGGAUGGCGGAAAUGCUGCAGUAUUCACAGCAGGAAUUAUGGACUCUGGGAUAUCAAAACAGGCACUAAGUGAGAUUGAGGCACGACACAAAGAUAUUAUGCGACUGGAGAGCAGCAUAAAAGAGUUGCACGACAUGUUUGUGGACAUUGCAGUACUGGUGGAAAAUCAGGGAGGCAUGAUUGACAGGAUUGAGAGCAACAUGGACCAGUCUGUGGGUUUUGUUGAAAGAGCCGUGGCUGACACUAAAAAGGCUGCAAAGUUCCAACAAGAAGCACGCAGGAAGCAAAUGAUGAUCAUGAUAUGUUGCACAAUUCUUGCGGUCAUCUGUGGUUCUCUGCUGUAUAGCUGGCUGACAUAGACUUCAAAGCAAAGAGGUUGUCUACUUUUUCAAGUCGUGUCUCUAUCAAGAAUCAAGAUAAGAAAGCAUCCGUACACACAAUAUAUUUUCCAGUGCUUGUUCAUCUAAUUUUCCCAUCUUGUUUUUUGUCUUUUACGUUCUUUCUAUCUUAUUAACUGGCCUUGUAUUGUUAGAGGCAUUGUCUGUUUAUUUUAGGGUUGUGGUAUGAAAUAUUGCUUUUAUUUAUUUAAUUGUUUUUGUGAACUUAUGAUAUAGCCCAUAUGUGAUGAUUAAAAAUACAUAAGAGGCUAAGUUUUGUUUCUUGAGGCCUCAUUUUUUGUAACUGACAAUUGAAACAAUUUACAUUAGCAGUGUUAAAUAGUUUGAAAAAAAAAACAGAUUAAUUCUUUAACAUUUACGUUGUUUUAUCUUUUAUUUUAGGAUUAGUCAAAAUUCUUUUAAAAUUCAAUUAGGGUAAACGUGGUUCUGUCUUUACUGACUAUUUGCUUAUUUAGUUUAGAUGAGUAGCACUUAGUUCUUAUUUCUUAGGUUGAGGUGCUAUUUUUCUUUUAUGUAAGUGAUAAUAUUGGAACUGUAGGCUAUAUUUGUAGACACUAUAAAGUAAUUCUACAUUAGUCUGAAUUGAGUUGUCUAGACUGAGAAGUUGUGAUUAAAAGACCAGGGUUGUAUAAAA